AUGGCUUUUACUGUAAUCUCUGGUGGUGCAAAUGGUGUGGAUUUAGAAGCAGAAAAGUUAGCAAGACACUAUGGUUUGAAGGUCGAAGUUCUCAUUACUCCUUGUCACCCCAGAAGAGCCUCCGUACAACCCUUAACGCAUCAACAAUUAGCUGAAGCUAUUCCUACAACAAGACAAGUAGCUGCUCGCCUCAACAAACAGUUAGAGAACCCUAUUAGUUUACAGUAUAUUCACCGAAAUUACCAUGUGGUGAAACAAGCACAUAUGGUGCUGGCGCUCACAUGCUUUCAACCUGAAAGUAACCUUUGCUUUGGAGGAACAGGAUGGGCGGUGGAAAUGGCCAAAGUCCUCAAAAACGUCUUGUUUGUGUACGAUGUGCAACGAGACACUUGGUUUUGGUAUAACCCCGACCAAAAUUUGUUUUACGCGUGUGAUCAAAUGUCAGAAGAACAGUACGCUUUACCCACUCUAGUA